GUGAGGUGGACGGGGGCUGCACUGAUGACAGCCUCCUGCGUCGCUCACAGCCUCACUCACACCUGACCGACUCCAUCGGACGCGCAGAUGAUGGAGCUGCUGCCGGGUUGCCCCUCUGCCACCAUUUCGCACAUCCACUGCACGACAAAUGUUCUCCCGCUGCCUUCAACUCUUUACUCUCGAUAAUUGUCUGGAUGGGUCGUGAUUUUGGGUUUUUCCUGCGCGGUUUACUGAGUGCUUUUUCUUCUUCUUUUGUUUUCCUGGAGGAGCGAACAGGAGUGUACUGAUGCGGCGUCGCUGCUAAACACCAGAAAUGGGUGUCAUCGAAACAAAGGUGCCAGAACCGGCUCGUUUUUGGACCCCGUUUCUCCUGAUCUGCCCAUAAAAGAAGAUCUUAUCUACAAGUUGCUGCACCAAACAGGCUUCAGUCAAGCCAACAAAUGUUCCAAUCAAUAGCUGCUGGACACAAUCAACAAUAGGGAGGAGAUCAAUAACACACUGAUACGCCGUCACGCAUACACACAUACACACACCUGUCAUGGCGCUGGAGAACUCCGUUUUCCCCUCCCGGCCCGACUCUCUUGCGCUUCCCGUGGAGGAGAAGGAAGAAGGAGAAGCGGUGGAGGUGGCCUCAGCCUCCACAGGAGUCUUCAACCUUUCUGAGGAGCUGGGUCAUGUUGUCACCACGGAGACGACACCUUCGCCUCCCAUCAAGGCAAAGGUCAACAGGUCGAUCCAGGCUAAAAUGGCCGACCAGGAGGCCAAAGCCAACCAGCACGGAAAGAAGAUCCAAGCAGAGAAGGAGAGGGGCCGAUUCGGGUGGGCUCGAGCCCGGCGCAAGAGGCAACGCUACGUGGAGAAGAACGGUCGUUGCAAUGUUCAGCACGGCAACAUGAGGAAGACCUAUCGCUAUCUGACUGACAUCUUCACCACCCUGGUGGACCUCAACUGGCGCUGCUCACUCUUUGUCUUUGUCAUGGCCUACUCUGUCACGUGGCUCUUCUUCGGGGCCAUCUGGUACCUCAUAGCUUACUGGAGGGGUGAUCUGGACCAUCUGGAAGAUCAGACGUGGACGCCGUGUGUAAACAACGUAAACGGUUUCAUCUCAGCUUUCCUCUUCUCCAUCGAGACGGAGACCACAAUCGGCUACGGCUACCGGGUCAUCACCGACCAGUGCCCAGUGGGCACCAUGCUGCUGCUGCUGCAAGCCAUUCUGGGAUCCAUGGUCAAUGCCUUCAUGGUUGGCUGCAUGUUUGUGAAGAUCUCGCAGCCCAACAAACGAGCAGAGACGCUGGUGUUCUCCAAACACGCUGUCAUCUCCCUGAGAGACGACAAGCUCUGUCUGAUGUUCAGGGUGGGGGAUCUGCGCAGCUCCCAUAUAGUGGGGGCCAACAUGAGAGCCAAGCUCAUUAAAUCCAAGCAGACUCAGGAGGGCGAGUUCAUCCCUCUGAACCAGACAGACAUCAGCGUGGGCUUUGAGACGGGCGAUGACAGACUCUUCCUGGUUUCUCCGCUGGUGAUUUCCCAUGAGAUUGACUCACAUUCUCCCUUCUGGGACAUGUCGCAGGCGCAGCUGGAGAAGGAGGACUUUGAGAUUGUGGUCAUUCUGGAGGGAAUGGUUGAAGCCACAGGAAUGACAUGCCAGGCGAGGAGCUCCUACUUAACCGAGGAGGUUUUGUGGGGUCACAGGUUCAGCCCCAUGAUGCUGCUGGCAGAAGGUUUCUUUGACAUCGACUAUGGAGCCUUUCAUCACACCUUUGAGGUGGACACGCCCUCGUGCUCAGCCCGCGAUCUCUCAUUGGCUGCAGCCAGGCUGGACGCUCACCUGUACUGGUCCAUCUCGAGCAGACUGGAUGAAGAGCCCACGCUGGCCAGCCAAGCCACCAAGCAGCUGGACAGCAGCUCGGCAAACAGCAAAGGCGGGGAGGCGACUUUCACCAUUGGCGAGAUGACCGACAUCCAGGAGCAAUCAGGGCUGGGCGAGCUGAACGGCAGCGUCGCCACAGAUCAACCAGAAUCCGAGGCUUAGAACGUUAGAAUGUUUAAGGAAAUCUUCAGUCCAUCACCACCGUGUCCCAAUAAAGACCUCUUCUUUUAAGGGAAAUGUGUAGUUCCACUAGUCUCAAUUCUACAGUAACACCACGAUGCCGUACAAAAACGUUCACUUCUCGAUAUUUUAUCUGUUUUUUUGGAGGUUCAUCUGUGUCACAUAUGAGUUCCGUCUCUUUUAUUGCAUUAUCUCCAGUCACCCUUGCCUAUAUCUACUCUAAAAUGACAAUACUAUGCUUUAGUCGGGUCAGCAGAAUCCUGUGGAACCAGCAGAAUGUUGAAGAAACUCAUUUGUUUUCUUGACUUGAAAGGUAGGAUUUAAAAUAGUUACAGCGUACGUAGAUGCUUGAAUCUUACCUGCUCAGCAGAUUUCAAUCAGGGUAAAUGAAUGGAUUUAAAAAUAUUGAUUCAAACUCAGCUGCUUCAAGUGUAUUAUCUGCUCUUUAUAUGGCACACUAAUAUUUGAUUUAAGAAAAAAAGGUAAAUCUUUGGCAGUUUCAAGCCUUUAGAAUAACAUUUUCAGGAAAUAACGGAUUGUGUUUGUUGACAACAACAAAAAAUCUCCCAUUUUACGGCCCUAAACAAAUGACAAGGGGAAAUGGUCUCUGUAACCUUCAUGGCAGAGAACCCUUGUUUGUGGCUUUGCAUCACAUUCGGCAGCUGUAGCACAAAGGUUAUCUAUCGUUUGUCCCUCAAGUGUAAACUCAGAGCACAACUGUGUCCUUCUCACUCUUCCUCAGACCCCUGCUUCUGCUGCUGUGUACAUAUGUGGCCAUUUUUACUUGAUGUUUUUGAGAAUAAUGCAUUAAUUAGAAUGAAUAAAGUGCACUAUAUAACCCAGA